AUGUCGAAAAACAAUAAACGGGUGUCGACUGACGUCUCACUUCAUACCAAUGCAAUGCGAAGAAGUCAGCACAAAAUCAAGGUCAUGAAAUGCAAACGGGAUAGUAAUGGAAGUGUUGAUUCCCCUGUACAAUUUCAAGACUCUGAAAUAAAAAUGAAUGGUGAAGUCCAGGGAAGUAAUGUCAUACACAUGAGCUUUUCGGAGUUUUUAGCCAGUUUGAAGAAUCGUCCAUGUACUAACGAAGUGUUUAACCCAAACUCUGGCACUCAACAGAAAUUAGAAAAUUCAGUAGUUCAGCACGAUACUUCUUCUUUAAAGACAAACGUUUUGCAAAAUGUCAGCAGUAUUUCCAUCCCUGAGACUAAAGAUGUCUCCAGUGAGCCAUCAUUACUUGAGACAAAGACUGAUUCUCCGCUUCUCCAAGCUACUGAAUAUCAUUCCAGUCAAACCUUGAAUCAUGUGAACUGUUCAGGAGAAGGUUUCUGUGUUUCUGUCUCAAAUCCAUCUUCAAGCCAAAUAGUGCAGAGGAUAACGGACUUCUAUAUCCCGAGAAUUGGUAAUUACGAUAUCUAUUGCAAAAAUAUUACGGCUGAGUAUUCGAAUUUUCCGAUUUCCAAGUGUUUGCAACAAUUUCAAUCUCGUUCUACUGAGUCUUUCAAAACAGGUCAACUUCAAACUGUUGUGAAUGAAUCCCAGUUGUGGGUAGAUAAGUACACACCAACAAGCUGUUCUGCUUUUCUUAACACAUGUCCUGGGAUACGAAAACUCCAUCAGUGGUUAGAGAAAUGGAAAGAUAAAAAUUCGAAAGGCGAGAAUUCAACGAAUAAAUUAUUGAAUGGAACUCCGAAAACGAGAUGUACAAAAAAAAGACUUCGAAAUGAUUCUAGUGAUGAUUGCAGUGAUGAUGAUUUCAUUGUCGAAUGUUCAACAAAUAAACAUAUGAUGAAAUUACCUAUUGGCUAUAAUCAAGAUCAAGUGUACUCCUUCAACUCCAACAGUAGUAGUAAUUCAGAUGGCGAUGAUUGUUCAUCGACUAGUGAUGAAGAAGAAAAUCAAUACAACAAAAAGUCUUCACCUUCAAAAUGGCAAACAAAAGCUUUUCUAUUACUUGGACCCAAUGGGACAGGCAAAUCUUCAUUGAUUUAUGCUCUGGCCAAUGACUUAGACUUUAAGGUAUUUGAAUUGAACCCUUCAAGUAGACGUUCCGGUAAAGAUAUCACUUCGAAAUUUCAGAGUGCACUGGACUCACAUCAUGUAGCUAAAGAUAAUCUAUCCACCAACUUUAGUACAUUUGAAAUGAUAACCUCAUCAUCCUCAUCAUCGUCUUCAAGUAAGAAUAAGCCGAAGAAGAUGCAAAGAUCUGCAGCGAAUUUUUUCAAACCAAUUUCCAAGAAAACUUCUACUACUACUGCUACUACUACUACUAGUGAUGAAAAAGUUAACAGUUCUAAGAAAGAUGUAGACUGUUUAAAUCUUAAUUGUAAUUCAGUAGUAUUGUUUGAUGAGGUGGAUGUACUUUUUGAAAGUGAUCGAGGUUUUUGGUCUGGUCUGAGUAAUUUACUGCAAUUAGCUCGCCGUCCAGUUGUGCUUACUGCUUCUGAUCCUUCAAUAAUUCACAAUAUACCAGUUCCAGUGUAUGUUUGUCAUACUACAUCAGCUUCAUCGGAUUUAGUUAUCCCAUAUAUUCGUGCUAUCUGUUUAGCUGAAGGAUAUGAUUUAAGUAUACAAACGGCUAAUUCACUCAUCAAGAGUAUAAAAUCGUCUGAAACAACUUCAAUUCAUGAUCAGUCUACUGAAUAUUGUGAUCUUCGACGACUUAUCAAUGAGCUACAAUGGUUCGCUGUCAGUUCAUCAUCAGAGUGUAAAACACAUAAUCAUAUGAAAAAUGAUUUAUCCAGUAUGAUGGAGUUUCUCUACGAUCCGCUAGUUUGGGUUCAGACAAUUUGCCCUUCUCUGUCUGGUUUACGUGGACGGAGCAACGCAAGCGUCAAGCCAUCGGUGAAAUCGAAACCACCAGUUGCGAACGAUUUAUACGAUUUAUUUACUUCAGAAGAUGAUGUUAACUGUGAAACUGAAAAUCGUAUUAAUGGUGAACCUAUAUCCAGUAAUGUUGAAAAUGUUGGCGAAAAUGCUAUCGGAACAAACAGUGAGGAGGAGGAUAUAAAAGACAACAAAGAGAAUUCCCUAUUGAUUGAUUGUACUUUAAAAGCAUUAAAAGAGAUGAGUGAUAAUCUUUCCUUCUGGGAUAUUUGUCAGUCAGGUGUAAGCCGAGCCGCUUUAUCAUCAAUUGUUGAUUCUCUUAGUCAGAUAAUUGAAGUAAAUACCCUGGAAGUAAACGACAACAGUGGUAAUAACACUUCACCAGUCAGUAUAGAUUCAUCUACUACUACUACUACUACGACUACUACUGGUGUCAAUUCAAAAUAUCCUACUAAUUCUGGUUAUAUAAAAGGCUUGAUUAACUUGCCUAGUGAACAUUUUCAACCGAUUAUUCCAUUCGAUAUUGUUAAUGAUGAAUUUUUCAAUAUUUUUUGGAUACAAUGCAUACUUAAUGAAAGUGAAAAUAAUCUUAAGGAUAUUGAAAAUAAAUUGAACAUUACAAAUCCUUCUUGUAUCACUAAUUCACUCAACGGGCAGAUCAUUUCAAGAUCGUUUGAUGCAAGUCAAACAAUGUCAUGGUCAAAAUGUAUAUCUGACUUGAAUCGUUGUGGAAUCGGUGGGGAUCGUCAUGAUCAGAUGAAAACAACAGUGUGUGACUACCUACCAAUUUUGCAUAUAUUAGCAUCUGGUGAAUAUUCUAGACAAGUUGUCUCCACUAAAAGACGCUUUCUGCAUUAUUUCGAUCAAAUUUCACUCUUUCUGCAUCCGUCUACUCGUGAAUUUUUGGCGAAAUUGCAUUUUGCAUGAUCUACGCAUCUUUCUGAAAAAUGGUGUUAAUUCAUAUCAAGUUGUUUCAUCAUUAUAAAUUAAUGUACAGAAUUCAUUGUAUUAUAUCUGUUUAUACAGUGUGUGCGUAUGUAUGUGUAUGUGCAUGCAUAUGUUUGUGUGUGUGUGUCCAUACAAAUCUCAUCCAUUAUUGGUUAAUUUUAAAACAAAUACAUGUAUGCAUUGAUUGAUGUAUGUAUCUCUUAGAGAGAUUUAUGUAUGUCCACUUAUAAAGAGUACUUUUUAUAAACAAUGAUCACUCUUCGUUUCAUUAGUCAAUUUAAUUACUAUUGUAACCAAAUAUCUAUGUGAAUGUGCAUAUUUCUUUUGUAUACCA